AGGGUGCUGCAGGGACAAGGGACAGCAGGCAGCAGCCGGGGCGGGCUGAUGGGGCUGCCCCCGCCCCGCACAGCCACGGCCGGACAGACGGACGGGCAGGCAGACAGACGGACAGGCAAGCAGGCAGGCAGGCUCCUGGAGGAGAAGAUGCUGCCGGGGAACAACGCCUGCAUCUGAGCGCACCGAGGACCACCCCAGCCGACGCGAGGAGGUGCGGAACCGACCCAUCCUCCUCCUCCUCCUCCACCCUAUAAAAAAAAAAAAAAAAAAAAAAAAAAAAAAAGCACAUAUAAAGAGAACAGGAAGAAGAUCACAUGUUAUAAUAAUCCCCUCUGCAGCCAGACAGGACCAGAGAGGCAAACUGCCCGCUCGGGACCGAGGGAUGUGCUAGAGGCAGAGAGGAAACUUGAGGCUAACUCCCAGCCCCGGAGGGAGGGAACCCCAACCCUGAGCCUCGCUGCAGCCGGAGGGAGGCAGGAGCUGCCCUCCAGCCCCUCUUUUUUUCCCCGCACCUGAGCGCAGCCCCUGCCCCAGGCUCCCUCCGGCAGCCCCGACCCCGAGCAGGGGUCCCCCGGCCCCGGCGAGCCCCUCCCUGCUUUGGGGUUUUGCUCUUAGCCCCUGGCGCUCGCUGUGGGAUCAGUGGCUUCCGUGCCAGCGGAGGGAGGAGGGCUAGGAAAUAAAAUCGAGCAACCCAAACUGAAAAGAGAGAAGAGCCAGGAAAGCACUUGCUUCUCAUCAGCUCUCAGCGAGAAAAGCCAACUCUCUUCUUAUGACCCUCUGCUGCAGGGAGCAAAGGGGAAGCGGGUUUUGGGGCAGAGCUCCCACCCAAGCGGGGUUCCCGCAGCCAGGACCCCAUCGCCACCCCGGCUAGCUGCGGGGGCUGCCAGGGGGGGUAGGGAAGGUUGCCAGGGGGAAGGAAGCCAAAACGAAGCUCCAGCAAAAGCAAGGAGCAGCAAGGAAAGUUUCGGACUAGCAUCCGCAAGAGAGCGGAGCGAGGAGAGCUCCCCCGCGUCGCACCAGCCCUCGAUGGUGCAUUCAGGGGGCUGCAGCAGGGAUGUGAACAUCCCCGGCCCGCUGCAUGGAGAGGGGUGAAGACACGGGAAACCCUUGUUAUUUAUUUAUUUAUUGGAAGCGAUGUACGGGUGACACCCAGAAGGCAUCUGAGCCCUGAAAGAGGAGAAAAAAAAAAAAAAAAAAAAAAAAAAAAAGCCUCCAGACCCAAAGGAAAACAAGAAGAAUGAGACAGCAGCCUUGACCCCUGCACUAAGAGGAAGGUGAGCAGAAAGAAAGAAAGAAAAUACAGAAAAGCCAUGCAAGCACCAAACCUGUAGUUUACUGCAGCUCUUUUUUGCUUCACCGAGGACAGAUAUUUUACUGACAGCCAUGCAGCAUAAAGGCAUCGUGCUGAUUGUGUUCUUGGAAUAUUUUAUUUCUGGCCACGGAGGAGCAGAUCCCAUGAGGCUACAAGCUUUCCGCUGUAAUGGCCGUUCUUGCAACCCUCCGGUGGGAAACCUUGCAAGAGGGAGGACACCAGUCACCCUCACCACAUGCGGGCAGAACAGCACAGAACUGUACUGCUUCUACCCAGACCAAAACCUCCUCCACCUGGCCUCCCGUGGCUGUGGGCAGCCUCGCUGCACCAAAUGCAAUGCCAACCAGCCUGAUAACUCCCAUCUCCCUGCUGACAUGACAGAUGAUUUCUUCGCAAAUCCAGUCUCCUGGUGGCAGUCUGCCCAAGGGGUGCACAGGGAAGAAAUCAGGCUGGACUUCGAAACUGAGUUCUACCUGACCCAUGUCAUCGCUGUGUUCAAGUCCCCGCGCCCAGCCGCGAUGGUGCUGGAAAGAUCCCAGGACUAUGGGCAGACUUGGAGGCCCUACAAGUAUUUCUCUGUCAACUGUACAGCGACUUUCGGGCUCCAGGAUGAUCUCACUGAGGAGGGCUCCAUGUGUACUUCCAGAUACUCAGAUGCAGUGCCCUGCACCAGAGGAGAGGUGAUUUAUCGUGCCUUAACUCCGGCUAACAAGAUCGAAGACCCCUACAGCCCCGAGGCUCAAGAUCUCCUGAAACUCACCAACCUUCGCCUCCUUUUGUUAAAAAGACAGGAAUGUCCAUGCCACGGCUCAGGAUUGGUAGAGAAACCUCAGAGGUUUGCCCACUAUGCUAUUUAUGACCUGAUCAUCCGAGGAAGCUGCUUUUGCAAUGGGCAUGCAGAAGAAUGUGAGCUUGCCAACCGGACGGGAGACAUGGAGAACGUGGUCCAUGGGAAGUGUGUGUGCAGACACAACACAGCAGGGGACCAUUGUGAGAAAUGUGCACCACUUUACAACGAUCAGCCUUGGAAGCCAGGAGAUGGAAAAACAGGGGCGCCAAAUGAAUGCAGAAAGUGUCGCUGUCACAACCAUGCUGACAGCUGCCAUUUUGAUCUGAGUGUUUGGCUGGCAUCAGGAAAACGCAGUGGUGGAGUCUGUGACAACUGCAAGCAUAACACAGAGGGACAUCGGUGUCAAAGGUGCAAACCAGGGUAUUACCGAGAUAAAGGGAAACCCAUGUCUUCUAGUGAGGUCUGCAAACCUUGCUCCUGCCAGCCAAUGGGUUCAGCCAACGCAACUUUCAGCAGAAGCUGGCGAUGCCACCCCAAGACGGGAUUCUGCUACUGCAAGCCGGGUGUGGCGGGCCCCAACUGCGAUAGAUGUCUCAUGGGCUACUGGGGCUUUGGAGAGAAUGGCUGUCGUCCUUGUGACUGUGCCAGAGACUGCGACCAGCAUACUGGAAACUGUUUCAAUGGCUAUGACAAUGAGCCAUUCUUUAAUAUCCCCAUUGGGGGACGAAUCCCUGACCUUGUGCAAACACCAAUUAAUGAGAGUGAGGAUGAGUGGAAGUGGAAUGACCACGAGCAGGGAUUCUCUGCCCUGAGGCACCCAGAAAAGUGUGUGUGCAAAGAGAAGGUGCUUGGAAGUGUCACUGACUUCUGCCAAAUGAAAUAUGCUUAUGUGAUAAAAGCAAGAAUCCUAUCAGCUCAUGACAAAGGGACGCAUGCAGAAGUUGUUGUGAAAGUGAAGAAGAUCCUGAAAUCAGGCAAAGUGAAAAUUGCUCGGAGCAACAGAAGCAUUUACCCCGAAUCCUGGACCAACAGGGGAUGUACCUGUCCCAUUCUCAAUCCUGGUACUGACUACCUUAUAGCAGGCCAGGAAGACUCUAGGACCAGCAAACUUCUUGUGAACAUGAACAGCUUGGUUAAACCCUGGAAAGCACAUUUGGGAAAACAAGUAGCAGAUAUUCUUCGAACUGGGUGCAAGUAAUUUCUGCUUCAAAACUUACAGUGAUGAACUUUGCCUUUUAAUAACACUGCAGUGAAAGGUUUAGGUAGUUUGUAUGUUUCCAUUCAUUGUGCUCCUAGCUGAAGUGACAAAGGCAGGCUCACCACCCUUUCUCCUUUCAUUUCCCUGGACAGAAAACUUUGGGACAUGACUUUUUUUUUCCAGCAAUGCACAGCCUUAUCACACAAAAUGAACUAGUGCAUCAUAUGUAGGUUGCAAGUCAGUUUUUAAUUUGAGCCUGAUUCCAUGUAUCCAGAGAAUCAUUUUACAAGGCCAAACUGAAGCUAUGGAUCAGUGUUUCCAUACUUCAAGUCAGAGCCUGAUACAAGCAUGUAUAAGCUGCUUACAUAAUGCAUUCAUUACUGGGGUGUAGUUUUCUUUAUGUAAGUGACCACUAACAGGCAGCAAUUUCUUUCAGCUUUACAAGUGGCAUAAUAGUAGACAAGUAUGUCAAACAUAAUAAUUACCUACAAGAGCUCAGAUAUUUUUAUUUACCAUCGAACUGUUGUUAUGCCAAUAUAACAUGCUGCUUUCUAGAGGACAAUAUUAUCACACUGCUGAACAGAAACUAACAUGGGACUUAGAUCGGACAAGGCUCUAUAGAUGUACAUUGCUAUCAUCAGUGCUUAGUGAUGAGGCCUGCUGCAAAAAGCAACUUGAUUCCAAAUCCAACUUGUGCUCUCUAAGGUCAUUUUGCUCUUUCCUGUAGUACUUGAGUCUGUAACACCACACAAAGGUUUCACAAUGAUUACCACCAAAAAGCCUUAUGCUAGGAAAGAGCCAAAAGAAGUGAAGAACGUCAGCUGCUCUACUGUUGAAUUUGUAAUUCUACAAAAGCUACAGAAGUAGGCGGAGGUAAAUUGGUUGGCUGGACUGCGUUUUAGAUGAGGUAGCUGUGAGAGAGAUGUGGUACUGUUAGAUGAGGUACUGUGAGAGCAACCUGGCUAUUCGAGCUGUGCUCAAGACCACUGCCAUUUGAUUUGCACUUAGUGCUUUCAUUCUGCUUUAUUUGUCUUGGUCAUACUCAAGGUUAAGAUCUGAACCUAGGCUGCCUUCCCAUCGCACCUGAGGAUUGCUUCUCCCCCCAGAAAUAUAGGGGAGGUUAACAGCUGCCCUCUAGAUAGUAGUUCUGUUCUGUAAAAGCAUUCUUUCUAAAUCUGUUUCACUGUUCUCUAAAGGAAAGGAGAGGUAGCUACUUAAAUUGUUCCCUAACACAGCAUUUUGAGGAAAGUGUAGUUCAAGACUCUGUCUGUGGGAGAGGGGACUCACGAGCACAUGAAGCUCAUUGGAACGCCUUCCAUCGUUAAGUAAAGCAAAAAUUACAAUGGAUUAGUCUGUACUUUCAGGUGGUUACAAGUGCCACUUCCGUAUAUUUCUGCUCCAUGUCUAUUACUUGAGCUCUCAAGAAAGAUGAGGUAUCUUAAUUUAGCACUCCUUGACUGGUGCAUGGAGUAUCUAGGAAAACCUUAAGCUAAUGCACAAGGAUGUCUGUUCCAGGCUACAUUCAGGCCAUCAGUUUGUUCUCUUUAUCACUGAGAACCUGAACAAAUCAGCUUCAUUAAUUCCAUGUCAGUUUUCCUUUUAACUUUGUAUUGGUUGAACAGCUGAAAAAUCUUCAGGUCAUUUGGAAGUGGGCGAUAGGCAGAUAUUUACAAAAUGAAAGCACCGCUUUUCUCCUAACUGUGCGUAGUGUUUCUUCCCCUUCCUUUUCAAGUGCUCCCCUUCUCCAUUGCCACUGAUAUUCCUCUUCCCUUCUAUUUAUUUGUUGUUGCUAAACUGGUAUCCAAGUAUAUGGCAUCUCCAACAAGCCAUUUAAUUAAUGCAAUAAAACACAUUGUAACAAGGAUAUUUGGCUUAAUUUAUAUUAAGCUUAUAGAAGUUAAAGCAUAACAACUGCUUUCUUUAUAGUCUUCAGGCUGUCUGCACAAAAAGAUUGAUGAUCUUCCUUCCAAGUAGCAAUAAAGAUGUGCACAUUAAUUUAUAGUCUGUUCUCAAAGGGCCUCUCAGUAUAAGUGAAAAUCAAGUGAAGGUUUAUAACUAAGUUAAGGAACAUGCUUUUCAACACAGACCAUUUUACCUGCGGGGCAUCCCAUUUACCAGCUAUCAUAUUCCACUUUGGUUUACAGUCAGUAUUGUAUUAAAGCAAACUUCCAUGUUUCAAUUUUUGUGCCAGAUGGAUGGUUUUGUGGAGAGAGUAAACAGCUGCAUAGUUCCUUCUGUGGGCGAAAAUUAUUUGUUACAGGGUCAUUCACAAGUAUUUCCAGCAACUGCUAGGAGAAAUACCAUCUGUAACGCAAAUAUUCAUACCCCAGCAUGUUCUCUUAGGGCCUACUGUAAUACAGCGAUUAAUAACUACCAUACUGCAAACACUGCUGUGUGCAAAGAUUGCCAUCAAUUUAUCACACACUUCAAAUAUCUCAAAACUGGGUGACAUCCAUACACAGUGAGGUGUGUGUAGGGGGUGACCCUAAAAACAUUCGACCAAUAUAUUUUCCUAGUUUCCCAUUUUUUUGGAUCUCAAAUUUAUUUGCUCAUAGCUGUAUAGUUAAGUGUAAUUUAUUCCCUCUAUUAGAAACAAUGCACAUUUUAUUCCAACUACUAGUUCUCAUUUAAUGGCUUUGCUCUGUAUAGUAACAGGUAUUCCGUAAGUAUGGAAUUUAAUUUCAAAGUACAAAAUGAAAGCAUAUGAUGGUGAGUCAACACUGCAAGUUGACUUUUUAUGUCUCUGUCUGCUGAUCUGGUAUCUGAAUUAACAGAGAAGAAAAAUCAAAGAAUGAAGUUCCAGCCCAUACUAUCACAUGCAAUCUAUUUGUUCUGCAGUGUUAAAAAUCCAAGUAGUCUAUCUGAAAAUAAGUAUUGAAAAUUAGUCAACAUGAACUGCAGAAAUCAAGUUAGAACAGCUACUGAUUAACGUGCUGAUGAGAAAGUUUAAGUGAUCACUAUGUGACUCAGGAAAGGAAAAAAAAAAGUUAUUUUCUUGCGUAUUGGUAUCUGAAAAGAUGAGCAUGAGACAGCAAGAUGACAACUGUUUUCCUAGCAGGAGCCGUUACAUAUUUCUCAGAACAAGUACACACGGUCACGGCACAGUAAAUUAACAACAGCAAAAAAACCCUACCACAGAAGAUAUCUCUUUCCAAGAGGAAUUGUUUUGUAGGUCUGUAUUCAAUAUCAAAUAUCUUGUGCCCAUCUGUCAUAGGUGGCACAGCAAUAUAAAUAGCACUAACAUGGAGAAAAAUAUGUAUUUGCCCAAUACAGAAGUGGCUGGACAGCUUCUUUCAGUACUAGCGCCCACCUUAAAAGAUGUCCCCAUGAACAACCGUACAACACCCACAUGGAUAAGGUGUCUCAGUAGCAGCAGCAAUCACAUACCAAACAGUAGCAAUAAUGCAUCACUUGGAAAUCCUGCAUAAGGAUUAAAUAAAAGCAUUUACCCACAAGACAAAUCUGGAAAGCUGUGGAAAAUUUGUAAUAGUGCAGGCAAUUGCUUGAAGGGGAAGCACAUUUAAGUUUCCACAGCAGCAAGCUUGGUAUUGCUGGUCAAAACAGCUCUCUAGCAGCUGUACAGCAUGUGCAGCCAUUAACACAUGGUCACUCUUGCAACACGCACCCCAAAGCAUCAAAUUAGUUAAUUAAGUGGCCAUUGUGAGUGCACAGCCUUAACUCCAAUGUAGUAACAUAUCAUUACUAAUGCUUCUUCCUCUGCUGCUCCUGGCAAGCAGCUAAGGAAAAUCUAUCUACGCACAACCUUGUGCAGUGCUCUUUGGAAAACGGCUCAUUGCUAUAAAGAACAAGUUUUCUCUGUAGUGUUUACUGUGUCUCAUGAUUUUUCCAUGCUGCUUGAUGUAAGUUUUCUUUGAAUUAAUAUAAUUCAUCUGAUGUGCUCUCUGAAGAAUCCCCCAAACCUGGAAGAGCUAGUGUGUUAUUUGUUAAGUGUUACAGCACAUUCUUUUUUGUACUUAAAACUUCAAUUAAAAAUACUCAAAACAUUUACA